GCGCAGGGCUCUGUCAGGCAGCCAUUUCUGUUUUUCCUUCGCUUGUAUUAUAAGAAAAUUAUUUUUAUACACUUGUAAAUCGAAAUAUAUUAUAAUUUAAUUGAGUUAGAAAAACUGUAAUAGGUGAAAGUUAUAGAAAUAAUUCUAUAAAUUAUAAAAUAAUUGUGUUUGCGUUUUGCAAUGAAGAGGUUUGUAUAAAUUUUGUGCGAGGAAAAAAGGAUUCAUAUUUUCAAAGGACGUUUUCAUCAACCAACAAUUAAUCAAUAAAAGAAACCGAAAAUGACACAAUACCUACCGCCAAAUUUAUUGGCACUUUUUGCCGCACGGGACCCCAUACCGUUUAUGCCGCCCGUAGAUAAGUUGCCGCAUGAAAAGAAAUCUCGAGGUUACUUGGGUGUUGGCAAUUUCCUCAAUGACUUUGAAGAUCCAAAGGAUACACCGGCACCCAAGAAGAUGGAGACACGACAAGAACGUCUAGAAAGGCGGAGACGUGAAAAAGCUGAACAGGUAGCGUAUAAGCUAGAACGUGAAAUAGCACUUUGGGAUCCUCAAGAAAUUAAAAAUGCAACGGAAGACCCCUUUCGCACCUUGUUUGUGGCUCGUGUCAAUUACGAUACAUCCGAGUCCAAGUUGAGAAGAGAAUUUGAAAUUUAUGGUCCUAUAAAGAAAAUCGUAAUGAUUACUGAUCCGGAGACUGGUAAACCCAAGGGUUAUGCUUUCAUUGAGUAUGAACAUGAACGAGACAUGCAUGCUGCUUACAAACAUGCUGAUGGCAAAAAGAUUGAUGGUAAACGAGUGUUAGUUGAUGUGGAAAGAGCUAGAACUGUUAAAGGCUGGUUACCAAGGCGUCUAGGUGGUGGUUUGGGUGGCACUCGUCGUGGUGGCAACGACGUUAAUAUUAAACAUUCGGGUCGUGAAGAUAACGAACGGGAGCGUGAACGUUAUCGCUUGGAACGUGAGAGAGAAGACCGCGAGAAUGCUCGUGUCAUGGAGAGAGGAGGGGCAAGAUUUGGUGAAAGUGUUCGUCGUCGAUCACGAUCUAGAGAUCGUGUACGUGAAAGAGAACGUGAACGCCCCCGCCGUUCACGCAGUAGAUCUCGUGAACGCAGAAAGCGUCGCGGCAGUCGUGACCGCGAAUAUGAUGACUACGAAAGACGUGAUCGACGUGAAAAAGAUCGCGAACGUGAUCGUGAGCGCGAUCGUAAAAAGAAACGUUCCAAGUCACGCGAAAGAGAUUCAUCGCGUGAACGUCGCGAAAGGAAGCGUGAACGUCGUGAUAAAGAACGUGAACGUGAUCGUCGUGAUAGCAAGGAGCGUAAGCCAGACUUCCGUGAAAUGGAUAUUAUAAAGAUUAAGGAAGAGCCCAUAGACGAUGGAUAUCCCACAUAUCCAAUGUACCCAUCAGCCUCUAUAAAGCGUGAAACUGACGACGAGCAAGAGGAAAAAUUUCGACCACCACACGACAUGUUCAGUGUGCCACCACCACCCAUACCAGGUCGUAGUGGAGUAAGUGGUUCUAAUGAAAAUGGUCAAAAUACUGGCGACAGCCAACAAUCAUGGUGGCAUUAAAACAUAUUGUUAGUCCUGUAAGGCUUGAAUUUCUCUAUUUGAAUAUUAUUUAUUACAGUAACAUCAAAAACAACAAAAACACCAACAAAAGCAAAUUGAAAUUGUUUGUUACAUUUAUAAUAAAAAUGUGCUAAAUUAUAAACAAUUUAUAAAACAAAGAAUGUACGAACGCAAUGUUUUAUAAAACUUUGUUCAAUUUUAAAAUUCAUUAUGGCAAAGACACUAUUAGUCCUAAAUUAAAUAUAUAAUUAUGUAACUAAAUACAUUAAUUUCAAUUUGCUUCUAUCAAUUCGGUAAAAAUAAAUUUUCAUAGAUUAGUUUUUAAACAAGACAAAAAAUGAAAUUUGAAAAAAUUUUUAAUUAUUGUUUGUGUAGUAGAUGAUAUUAAAUCAGGGUCCAUAACAGUUCUGACACUUUUAUAAAAGCUAUGUAUUUUUCUUUUACUCGUAAAAGAGUUAAAAUUAUAAAUUUGUCUAAUGAUAAUGAUGUUCUUUUCCCAAAAAGUACAUUUUUAAUAAGUAUGCGUAUUUUACUUUAAAAUAACAUUUGAAUAAAGUACUUAUUUUAAGAAAGAAGCAUUAAUAGAAAACUAAUUAUUUCUGAUGAAACAAAAUAGGAUUUGCAUUCUUCAAAUAUAACUAACUAAUCGGACCCUAUUAUUAUGGCUCAUCAUUAGCACUCUAAUCAAAAGAUAAUUUGAUAAUUUGGUUAAUAUCAUCUUAUCAUUAUUACUAAAAUUGCGUUUCAAAUUUCAUUUUGUUGUCAUAUUUCCCCACAAAAAAUAAGCUUUUAAUUUUAGACAUUUUCAAUAAUUGUACUUUUAACUUUUUACUUUUCUCUUGUUUUAAUAUUCCUUAUAAUUCCUAACAUUAAAUACACCCUAAAAAGAGUUUUUGGUGAUUUUUUAAAAGCUUAUUUUACCGAGAAAAAAAACCUUAUUAUAAAACAAACAAAAAAUAGAUUAUAACAAAUGUAAGAAACUUAAAUAUUAAGUAAUGAAACCACAUUGUGUGUGAGUGUGAUCAAAAACAAAAAGUAAGUAAAAAAGAAAUAUAAGAAAAUAAACCUCGUCGUAUGUGUAUGUUUAAUGUAUGUUAUAAUAUGUGGUAUUUAGUUUUCCCUCUCAGGUAAGGGAGGGGGUCAACGUUCGAUUCAAUUCAAUAUGGUCUUACGUUAAUAACUCAAUUUUAAAUUCGACGAAAUCGUCUCCAAUCUAUAGGACAAUGCUCUGAUCGGUGUUUAUUAUUGUUGUUGCCGGUCCCAUGGUGGUACGUACGUGGGUAGAUUAUUUCAUUCAAUAUUUUCUAUUUUUUACUUAUUAAUUUUUAGUUAGAACUUUUUGCCCAACAAUAACUAAUCUCUGUUGUAAAGAAUAUUUAGUAAUAUCCAAUUUUUUCUUUCUUUUUACAGUUUAAAUUUAAAAGUACAAUAUUUAUGAAAAAUAUUUUUUUUCUAAAAUUUCGUUCAUUUGUUAAACUGAUCUCUGGGGAAUAAUAUGAAACAGUAAGUCACUCGAUACUUCAAAAAGUUUCGUGUUGAGUCAGACCAACGGCCA